AUGUCACAAAUGGCUGAAUCGACGUCGUCCCGCAACCGUUCACGCCCCAGCGCUGGUAGCAAACGAGACGAGCGCAUCAGGGACUGGAUCGACGAAACCAGCUUGUACACACCUCCGCCCCACUCGAUGUCGAUUCUCCGUUCGCCUACCACCAAGCAUAAAACCGCUUGGACCUCCAAGCGUCGCAAUCGGCUGCAUAGCCUUACACGUUCGGCUAGGAGGAUCCACAGGUCAAGUCUCCUGCGCAGUGCCGAUCGACAUGCAGCGCUGUCGGUUGCGAAUAGCCGCCAGAGCACCAAUCCUCACCCCAACUCCCCAUAUUCCUCGGGUCACGGAGAUGAAGCAACAACGUCGUAUCCGUCGUUGGCGUUGCUCCUUUCCUCAUUCAUUGUGGUAGCCAUGCUACCCUCCCUCCUUGUCCUCUUGGGAUUCGCGGCGUUCCUGGCUUUCGUUCCGUUGCUACCCCAAGAUGGCAAUUCUGCAACUGGAGAGUUUACGGGUGUUGCAUCGCCUCUGGACUCGGAGGAAUCGCGCCUAGACGGGAGAUCCAGUGGUGGGCAGGAAAGCACCCACAAGACCUUCAAACGCAAACGCGUGUAA